CUCUGCUUUCUUUCAUUCUUGGCUCCCAUGGUCACGGCAAGGAGCGCUGCAGGCCUCUCUGGGCAGGGCUGGAAGUUGGCAAGCUUCCUUCACUCUCAAAGCACGUUAGAGAUGUGGCCUCUUCUAGAGGGACUGACUGGUACCCACGGCUUGAGGAGGUGGCAUUCCUAACCCGGGGAGACAGGAAAAAGCAGAGAGCCCUCAAGUGUAGUUGACACUGUGCCAGUGGCCCUCUCCGAAGCUGCCUCCUGCUCUUGCACCCGCCCUUCUUAAUGAAGAAAACAAACGCAGUAAAACAGACCUAGCCCUACUGCAGCCCAAGAAACGAAGAUUUUCACGGUGAGAACUGGGUUUGCAGGUAAGUGAUGCCUACCUGGUUCUCUGGUGACGCUUUAGUCUGUACUUGAGAGUCUAAAUCAAGCUGACUUACAAUAGUCUCUGAAGUUGAACUGCCCUGUGUCUGACUGUGUCCCCUUCCUUAAUGCUAAUCUCACUUUAAUGAAUUAUUACCACUACCACCUUGGCAGAAGCAACCGCCUGCUACCCUGCACACAUUCUGUGCUGAAGCCCUGAGAUUGGUUGUGAAAGACACGCGCUUCACUGUCUGCAACCAUGAGGAGGAUGGACAGAAACAUGGCGAGGGGACCACUGUACAAGCAGUUCGACUCGGAGAGGAAGAAUGCCAGGCGAGCUGAAGCUAGACUCAGCCUGAGCCUGCAAAGGCUAGAGGUCAUCUGCCUCUACCACGUGAAGACGCUGGCCAGGGAGCAGAGACAGCUUCAGAAAGAACUGCAGCGGUUGCAGCAAGAUAUCGUCAAGAAAAGGUUCUCCUCUUAUGCCAAGAAUGGAAUUCAGAAGAGACCAAGAGAUUCUCUCAUGUUCUCACCACAAACAGGACAGAGGCGCGUAGCCACGCAGUCUAAAAUCAGGGUACCGCCAACCAAUAUGACCCAAGAAGCUAAAACUAAGCUUCAUGGGCCCUCUUUACCUGGCACUGCCCUCAAAGCUGCCCCGAGAAGCCAGGAUCACCUGCAAUCCCAGCGUGACAGCACCAGCGGCUACAAGGAAGAGUACUCAGGAGCCCAGGAGGGAGAGUCUGCGAAACCACCUAAGGGCACGGACUCAAACAGGAAUGUCCCUGUCCCGUGUCAUGGUCAAGAGGUUUCCAUCAACAAUACAGAAGACAGCCCUGUGUCCAGCCCAGAUGGUGCGAAGGGGUUGGCACCGGCAGAUGAGACUAGAUCAAAAAAUGCCGAUCCAAAGCCACGUGAGGAUGCUGGGGACCAAAAUGCCCCAUGUUCUGCGGAAUGUGCUGAAAGCUUCAACGGCAAGUGCACAAAGUCAACCUUCCUCGAGCUGUUGGCAAAGGCCAAAGAGGCCCACUAUCUCCGCCACAGGGUGCCCCCCGAGUCCGAGAGGAUGCUUAGCAUUGGGGAGAUAUUUGGACACAGAAACGCCUCACUACCCAGAGCAGUGAAAAAACUGUGAGAAUGGUACCAAGUUCCUUCCUACCUGGCUGUGAAAUGUAGCUUGACAAUAAGAUACCAUAAUCGCUAAGGAAUGUGACCCUCAAAUAGCUGCCAUAAGCAAGGCACAGAAAGAAAUAAGCGGAAAUCCAAGACAACUUUCUUCUGCAUCCUUAGAGCCUCCUGCCCUUUUAUAUGAUUUUCUCAGAAUAAACUUGCUCAUAAUAAAGGCUACUAUGAAAGGGGGGGGGAAUAUUUGAAAAUACUUUAAAUUGAGAGCCUGGACUUGCUUUGAUGGAAACAAAGUCUUGUUUAUGCAAAGGUCCGUCUCAUAGAGGCGCUGCUUAUAGCGCCGCCUGUUGGCCAAUCGGCGCAGCUAGUCACCUUGUCUUCCUUUCUUUUAGGGUUUGCAUGGGAACCGCACUGAAAUUAUGUAGCGCUGUGGUCUCCAAAUAAAACCUGUUC